AUGUCUUCCCUUAGAAAGAAGGGACCUGCAAGUCUUGGCGUCACGGACCAUGUGGCUCCUAACUCUCCAGCAACCAAGUCAGACCAAGGAGGAGUAGGAGGAGGCGUGCGCCUUGACGUGGGACUGGAGGGCCUUACCCUCGAAGACUCCCCUUCAUCCACAAUUUAUGGAACUCCCCGACGUGCUCGCAAUGGCCGCGGUCAAUCUACCUCGUCGCAGAAGCUACGUGGUCUGGACGAUCAAGAUGACGUACCUUUUCAGUUAGGUGAUGUGCCCGGUGACGAGGACAUCUUUGGUUCUCCCAAGGGAGCACAGACUUACUCGUCAGCUCCGGUACUCCCUUCAUCAUUCGGUUCAACUAUGCAAGGUGCUAUUCCUAGCAUGCAGCCUAUCGCUAUGCUGCGCAAUCGUACCACGAACUUCGGCACCAGAUCUCAGGUGGGAGGUGUAGACGCCCAGGCCUUCUAUCCCGCGACAGCUUGUGUCUUUGUCGCCAAUCUUCCUGACCAUGUCCGAGACUCGCGUCUCGAAGCCGAGUUGACUCGCGUCUUCAGUCAAUAUGGCAUCGUCUUCGUAAAGAUCCGCCGUGACUCACGCAACAUGCCCUUUGCGUUUUGUCAAUACACUAAAGACGAAGAUGCCCGAAAGGCCGUGGUCCAAGGCCGUGGCGCGCUGGUCGAAGGACGUCCUUGCCGCACGGAGAUGGUAAAGGCGAACCGAAGCUUCGUUAUCUACCAUGCCAAUGGAGAAGAGGUCAAUAUCGAGGAUGCUCGCACACAGAUGAGCGGCUUCGGUGACAUUGACAAGUGUGAGGCUCUUCCUGCAGAGAUCCAGGAGGCGGUGCGUAUCAAGGGAGGUGUUCUAGUCGAAUAUGCUUCCUUUGAUCCAGCUAGAGACGUGAUUUCAGCAUACCGCCAUCAUCCGACGUACCGCGUCACAGCCUAUGACCUCAAGAAAUCGAUGAAGGCAAAGAUGGAUCCAGAUGAGCUCUGGCUCAAACAGUACGAGAUAGACCGUCGAUCUGUCUUUGUGGGCAAUCUUCCAGUGAACGAGCCUAAGGUACAGGAGCUGCUUACCAAGUUAGCCGAGGAAAUCGGCGAAGUGCUAAACGUCAAAGUCGUGUGCAAGGAUCCCCAACCUGGGCGACCAUACCAAAUCGCUUUUGGCUUCGUCGAAUUUUCCCGUGUUGACGUGGCAGAUGCUGCCGUAAAUCGCAUGGGAGGUCAGAAUCUGGGCGGAUCCUUACUCCGAGUAGAGCGCAAGAACAGCCGUGAGCCUCAAAGCACGCGUCGAGCAGGCCCAGAGCCGGCAUUCUCCAGAUACAUCAACGUGCCGAACAGUCCUUUAGUGAGCAAGCGCCCCGAGGGUCAGAAGCAGCAGGUAACCGAGCCUACGACACCAACGCCCUCCCGCGUUUCGCGCCAGAGAGCGCCCUCGGGCAACUACCACGGACCUAUGUCGCCCGAGAACGCCAGAAUGGCCCGCCCUACGCCAUAUGGGUACAUGCCUCCGGUAGGACAGAACUACUCCAGCCCUCCGUAUGGUCAGUUUCAUGGCACCCCUCAGGUCGGCACAGCCAACUAUCCCGCAACACCUCAGGCAACUCCUGCGAUGAUGAGCCCGCUUGGAUCGUACUAUGCUACCCCCAUCUCAUGGAUGACGCCGUAUUUGCAGGACCCCAGUUUCGCAAGCAUGCCGUAUUACGAACAGUACUUACCCCCUCCCACCCAGAACAGCCCCCUUCCCAGAGGCGGUGUGGACACCCAUCUACAGGCGAAGUACGAUACCGGAACUUAUGAACAUCGCCGCAAUGGCUCAGGACGGAGCCAGUAGACGUAGGGGCAUCUCAAAAGGGCGGAUGGUGGUACGCUAAGAUAGUCUCGUUCUUUUUGCUCUUGCGGAUUCUACGCAGAUGAAUUGUUAGCUGGAUUUGAUGAACAGACGGUAUUUGAUCAACCACCAAUUGAGGGAAGUGGGCGGGUCUUUUCCUUUCGAUUGACCAGGACGUGGACUAGGAUAGAUUGAGUCUACUAGCACCAUGUGC